CGCGCGAAUGCAACCGGGCAGAAGCGCCAGUCGCAUGAGCCGUGUGAGUAUGUCCCGAGCAGGAGCAAGGGCGUCGCAGGACAACCGGGGCCGGAUCAACACACGCAAGCUGUCGACGAGUGUCAUCAUGGUCGUCCAACAGCGCCAAAAUCGAUGGACGAUCGACGCCGAGUCCAAGUGGCUGAGCGCGUGGAACGCGGUGCUCCUCGUCGCAAUCAUCCAUGCCGUUUUCUGCGUCUCAUUUGUCGUGUCAUUUCAACUCUACGACGAUGUCCAUGCGACGCACGACCGCCUCGACUUCCUCGAGCUCCUCUUCGCCAUUGACAUCGUGGUCAACAUGCAUACUACGUUCUACGAAAGCGGCAACGUCGUCAUGGAACUGUGGCGGACUCGCGCCAAGUAUUUGUGCUCACCAGCGUUUGUCCUCGAUGUCAUCCCGUUACUUCCUCUGAGGCGGUGCUUCGCACCAGACCCCAUUGCGACGGUUGGGAAAUGCGUCGACUUACUCAAGAUCAUAAGGCUCCUUCGCCUCCCAAAGUGCAUCCUCCACGUCGAGCACCUCUUGGCCAAGUACUUUACCCUCGUCAAGCGCAUCAAAAUCGUAGGUGCAUGUAUCGCCGUGUCGCACGUGUUGGCGUGCGUGCGGGGCUGGUACUACCCCAACGAUCACAACGACCAUGGGCGGCGGUUGUCAGGGUCGUCCGGAGAUCCGUGGAUUCCCAUACCUAGCACAACUCCCGGCCGGGACUACCUUGCGUCCGCAUUCUGGUCGUUCGGAAUCCUGUCAGGGCUGUUUGAAGGGGAAUUGCCCCGCACGAUCAACGCGUCGCUUUUGACCCUCGUCGUCAUGCUCUCCGGGCUCUUUCUGUUUCCGUACAUCUGCGGGACCUUUUCCAUGAUCUCGAAAUGCACGUCCCAGCGCACCGAAGCGUUCGACGCGAAGCGAAACCAACUCAAGUACAUCAUGGCGUACCAUCGCGUGCCCAACGACGUCCAGCAGCGUGCGAUCGAUUACAUAGUGCAUGAACACAACACGGGCGAGGCGCUAGAUCGGGAGUACUUGGCACAUCUAACUCCAAGUAUCGUACGCGACAUCAAAGUUGCCGUGCACGAGAAGAUGCUGUCCCAAGUCCCGCUGUUCCGACCAUGCAGCCCCCAUUUCAUCCACGCGCUAGUGGCGCUGAUGGAUAGCAAGACCAUGCCGGCAAACUGCGUCGUGUGCUGCGAGGGCGAUGACGCAGAUGCUAUGUAUUUCGUGCAGACGGGUGUUCUCUUGUUGACUAAAGCUCAUGUCCGCGAGCCCAAGGAGCUUCGAAAGGGCAUGUACUUUGGCGAAUUUGGUCUCGUUGCUCCUCAAGUUCGUCACCACACAGUGACAACCGCCACGUACUGCAUCUUAACCGUGUUGACGCGAGCCAAUGCCGCCGUCGUCCUCGCCGCAUAUCCGCAUUGGGCGGGAAAACUCAAAGAUACCGCGGCGAAGCUGCUCGCGCUCGAUACGCGACGGACAAGGCACCAUCAAGAUCUUGCCGACAUCUCGCAAGUGGCCGCGGUCGGGGUCAAACGGUCCAAGUGGACACUACUCUUGGGCUGCCAUACGAUCCACCGCCACGGCGACAUGCGGUUGGGAUGGCUCGUUGGUCUUCAGCUCAUUCAACUGUACCACGUGGUGUCCGUUCCACUGCACGUGUGCUUUCCAGCCAUCCAUUUUUCUGGAGCAUCCACCGCGAUCAACACCAUCGUCGAUGCGUGUCUGUGGCUAGACAUGUAUGCAAACCUGCACUUGAGCUACAUCCAAGAUGCCGAACACAUCGUCGACGUUGUGCAGUGCGCGCGGCACUAUCUCCACUCGACAGCACUUCUCCAUUUGCUCUCGACUUUCCCGUGGUGGAUUCUUGCCCCCAGCUACCCCGGGGCUGCGGUUCGGCUGCCUCGCCUGCUGCGGUUGUGGGAUGUGUCGAGUCAACUGGACGAGAUCUCGCACCACGUUACUUUGGACGGCCCCAAACGCACGGCUCUCCUCUGCCUCUUGCUCCUUGCCACGUACCACUUGACUAGUUGCAUGUACUUUUGCAUGACCGAGGUGGACGGAUUCAGCUCUCGACCAGGCCAAGACUGGCUCCCUCCCGUUGCUUUCAAGUUGGCGCCGUGGAACGCCACGCACAUGGUCGACGGUCUGAAUGAAACCCACGAGAUCGGGUCGCCAUCUUACCGCAACAUCACGUGGAAUCAGUACUCGCACUCGUUUUACUACGCCGCGUCCGUGAUUACGUCGCUCGGGCGCGGCAUCGAGCCAGACACGGUCCAUCAGUACAUGUUCCACUACGUGUUUAUGGUGUUCGGGUUCAUCUUUAUGGCGUACAUCAUCGACGAGGUCCAGAAAGGCAUCACGGCGUCGGCCGUCGAACAAGUCGCGUUCCUCAGCCGCCGGGCCAACAUCCUUUGGUUUCUCCAACAGCAGCAUGUGCCACCCCACAUCCACCGACGUGUCAACUCGUUCUUGGAGUUUUGGUGGAGCGCACACCGAGGGGCUGAUAUCAACGCGCUACUCUCGCCGCUUCCCCUCCAAACGCGGCGAGACAUCCUGUCCCACGUCUGUCAUGCCGUCCUUGCUCGCUUUCAGCUUCUUGGUCAAGUCACCAACGACCCUAUAGCGGGGGCCGCGUUGUUUGGCAACCUCUCGGCCGCAUUCCUCGACGCAAUUCACAUUCGCCUGUACGGCCAAGACGAAACCAUCUUCACCGCGGGGGACUAUGCCAAUGGCAUAUACUUUCUCGUGGAAGGACGUGUGGUUGCCGACAUGACGCCACCAUGCCGUGUUACAAUCGGCAUGCCCUUUGGCCUGGCAGCGCUUGACGUUGGGUCGCCCGAUGCUAUCUAUUACAAACACACGACAGUGGCUCUCAGCGGAUGCAUCGUCGCGUUUCUGUCGCAAGGAGGCAUCUCAACGCUGCUGCAGCUCAUGCCGACCUUUGUCGAUGAACUGCAGACAAGGGACCUGCGAGCUGCAUCCCAAACACAACUGGUUCCCUCGGUACGGUGGCCAACAUUAGCCACCAACUCUGCCGCACAUCUCCACAAGUCUGCCAUCGACCCCGACGCACCCGUCGUGAUACUAUGGGAGCUCUGCACGUUUGUUGGAAUGAGCUACCAAUGCAUUGGGGUGCCAUUUCGCAUGGCGUUUGGGCGGUCCGCCGACGUUUCGUCGACUGACAGCGUUGUGAUGGCCCUGGAAGUUUUCUUCUUGCUCGACAUGGUGCUGCGGCUGCAUUUAGGGUACUACGAAUACGGCAACAAAGUGAUGGACCCGCGGUUGAUUCGACAGCGGUAUGUGAAGUCGUUGGCUUGCGUCAUGGACGUGCUCGCGAUUCUUCCGUUGCAACUCGUGAAUUGGGCGGCAUCGAGCGAUAUACGGUCCGAGUCGUGGAACGCCAACAAGCUCGUGCGUAUGUACAAACUGUCGUCGAUGCUGUCGCGGUUCGAGCAGCGCUUCGUCACGCUCAACAUCCACGUUCGGAUGUUCCAGCUCCUGUUGUACACGUUUUUCCUAAGCCACUGGGUCGGAUGCAUCUGGUUCAACUUUGCGUCGAACGAAACCAACCUCUCGACCAGCACCGCGUUCGGGCUGAAUUCGUGGCUCCCGCCAGCGUCGCUCCAAAACAAAACGGUCACAUUCCAGUACUACGCCACGUUGUUUUGGGGCUUUGGGACCAUGUCGGGGUGUUCGCCUCGCAACCUGCCCACGACGACCGUCGAGCGCUUCUUCAACGUGUUUGGCAUCCUCUGUGGGGUCUUUUUGUUUUCGUACGUGCUGGGCAACCUCGCCGACAUUGUCAAGGUUGUGGACGGUCACAACCGAGCGUUCUACGCCAAGCUGAGCACGCUGCGGCUCUUCUUAACCAAGUACCGCUUUCCGCCCAAGAUUGAGGACCGCAUCAAGCACUACUACUUUUACCAGACUUUUCACUCGAUCCAUCAGGAGUCGAUCCUGAGUGCGUGCUUGCCGCCGUCACUCGUUACAGACACCCGCAUGUUCCUUCUGCAGCCCAUCAUGGAUCAAGUUGCGUUUCUCCAAGGCACGGACCCCCACAGCCGUCAAGCGAUUCGCAUGGUCGUGUCGCUUCUCGUGCAGCAGCUCAUUCCCCGCGGGAAAGUUAUUUGCAAACAAGGUGACAUCGGCCUCGAAAUGUUUUUCGUCUAUGCAGGAUGUUUGGAUGUCCUGGUGACAGAAACCAUCCGUGCGCCGUCGUCAAGGCCCAAGCUCGCCGCGUCGCCGUCGAUUCGAACGCAGAGGAUGGAAUCGGUCAUUCAAAUGUUCCAGCGCGCGACCAAGACGGCGCCAACCCCUCGUCCCCUUCAAAGCGGAUCCGUCAGUAUGCGGUUCAGUGACGCGUCGUCCAUGCUCCAAGCAACGAAUGGCACGAUCCACGUCAAAGUGAACGAGAUCCUACCCGGGAGUUUCUUUGGCGAAGCGUCGCUCUUCUCCGACAAACCACGCAAUGCCAACAUCCAAGCGCGGACGUUCUGCACUGUGUACACUUUGUCAAGACAGCACUUGCACGCUGUGUUCAAGCUUCAUCCGACGUGGAAGGAGUCGGUGCUAAACACUGUCAACGGGUACCAAAAAGAUCUCCAAACGAAAACCAUCGUUGCCAAGGUGACCACGACUCUCGCGGCUUCCGUCAAGGAAAAUCGUCGGCGAUCAUCUGCUGUUGCCACGGUGGCGAACGUUGCCCGCAAAACCAGCGCGUCCUUCACCGCGGUCCUGGACGCACUCUAUCCAAAAACCACCACCACUGUCACGACUCGUUCCAUCAGGUCCGUCGCCCGCCGCCUCAUGCGAAUUGAAGUCCAAUCUUCCUUGUACAUUCGAUGGCUCCAAGUGUUGUCCGUGUGCAUCGUGUACCAAGCUUUGUACGUUCCGUACACAAUCUGUUUCAACGUUGCGAUCGAGUCGACGGCAGUCAUGCGCGCCUCGAUCCUGCUCAAUAUCGUGACCGAUGCUGCGUUUGCAUUUGACAUUUGGUUUCGACUACACCUGGUCGCGAACGACACGUCACUCGAGUUUUACGAAGGCGCGAUCGCCGGGCGGGGUAGCUACCGAUGGCCAGCCAAGGCUGUAGACGUGUUAUGCGUGCUGCCCCUUGACUACGUCGGCUACGCAGCCAUCGACGCCGCCAUCGGACGCCACGCGUUGUACUUUCUCCGUCUGAAUCGGUGCGCGAAACUCGUACGACUUCCCCAUGCCCUCAGCGAAAUCACUCGGCUGUCCCUCGCCAACGACGUGAAUUUUCUUCGAAAGCUCGUCGCUGUAUACCUGUGCAUCAUCUACUGGGUUGGGUGCCUCUAUUUUUGCCUCACGUACGUCGAUGGGUACGGCGACGACUGGCAUUCGUGGCUCCCAGUCAAGGACUUUGAAGCGGCGCACACGGCGGCCAACGACAUCCAUCGGCUCCUCCGUGCCAUGUACUUUUCAACGGGCAUCUUCACCAAUACAGGGGUGACGCUACUCCCAACAACCGUCUACGAGUAUGUUUUUGUCAUCGGUGUCUGCCUCUGCUGCCUCUUCCUGACGUCCUACUUCAUCGGGCAAGUCUCGACCAUGUUUGUGUGUCUGACGCAGCACGAAGUCGAGUUUCGCAUCCAUGAAAUGUACACUGAGUCGUACAUUGGUCGCACGCCGCUCAAGACGAGUCUCCGUCUGCGCCUGUACAAGUUUCUAAACUACUGGUGGCAUGCACAUCGAGGGGUCCGUCAUGACGACAUUUUGCAAGAACUGCCGCCGGAAAUCAAGGGCCACGCGAUGGUGUUCAUGGCGCACAACGCAUUGACGACGUUUGUCACGACGUUCUUCGCGCCGCUGCGCGCUGAGCCUGGCGAACUCGACAUGUUACGAUUUCGCAUUGCAUGCGGUCUGCGUUUGGAGAUAUACCCCCACGAUGAGUACGUGAUCGUCGAAGGUGACAUUGCAACGACCAUGUACUUUGUCGUGUCGGGCAGCCUCCUCACGACGCAUCACAACAACUCGACCGCGAUCCAUCGAUACCGUGAGGGCCACUUCUUCGGCGAGACGAACUUCCUGACGGCACCGUGCGCGCCAGCGUCGGUCAAGACGUUGCGCGCGUGCGAGCUCUUGGCACUGCCAGCGACCGGUCUCGUGGACGCGAUGGACGGGGUGCCGCACUUCAAGCAAGCGUACCAAACGGUGGUGGAAAUGUACGGAGGUGGAAAUAAAGACGACGUGGCCAUUGAAUCGAUUGGGGCGAAGCUGAAGUUUAUCCACCCUACGUUCUUACACGGAACCGUGCCGACGACCGACCGCGACUACUGGGACGCAUUCCGCAGGUUUCUCCAUUUGGUGCACGUGUCACACGCCAAGGAGAUCGAAUUGGAUGCAUCGGCGGCGUACAAGUUUCUGGACUGCUCGUGCUGUCAUGGCGCGGUCGCCACCAUCAUGUGUCCGAUCUGUCGAGCCAACUUCUGCACCGGGUGCAACUUCCUCGUGCACCUCAACACGGAGCGUGAAGCUCAUUUGGAAGAAACGAAGCCGAUCCAUGCCGCGCGCCGACUUUUUAUCAUGUACUAUUUCGCCAAACGAUGGAAGUUGCGUGCCCAGCAAGCAAUUGCAGCUCGCAAGGCCAAGUUGGGACAGGACGGCCCGCCGACGUCGGUCAACGAACACGACUCGCGUGCAGAGAUGUGCCAGCUACUUGAAACAGGCUUCGUCUUUAACACUCCCUCCGAUGCCGACGACAAAGAUGCUGCAAAGAAGAAGCACAAGUUGCAAAGUGGAAGAAGCGAGCCCGGCAAAAGGACUUGGCGGCCGCGAUUGCAAGCAAGUCCAAGCGCAUCGCAUGGGCGCACAUCGAAACGUUCAGGAAACAUGAAGCCAGGGCACAUAUCCAGUCCCAGCAUGUCGGAUAUUCCGUUGAACUCAGCGGCAGUGCGCCCGGUUGCUCACGUCCGAAAUCCCCGAGUACCCAGGGAACGUGCUCCCCCGGCGGAGCAAUCGCUUCCUUGA